AUGGCGGCUUGGAGAGCAAGACCGCUGAUCAUAAGUGUCAGCGGCGCGACACAGAGACGCAUAACUAUUUCCCCACCAACACGAACACGUCUUGAAACAGAAACAAUAAGGGAUCGCGUGUUUAAAGUAGAAGAAGGAGAAGAAGAAGAAAUUGAUAUAUAUGACAUGGAGGCAAAAGAAUGGGGUUUUCUAUUAAGAGAGAUGUUUGGAGACAGACUGGGCACUGGAGACUAUGGACAUCUGACCAUAGAGCACACUGGCAUGCUGUUUAGACGUUUUCGCUCCUUUUCUAAGUACUCCAACCAAGGUUUUGAGGCUUUACACAGACUUCAAAGACAAGUCUAUACCCGUGCGACUAACCAUGAUGCAAAGCUUCCAGGAAAAUCAUUGGAAGAUAUCCUUAUUCACCACUAUGCCGAAAAGCUAUUGUUCUUCAGGCUGUGUGUCACCAAUGCUAUUGAAUGUCACAAUGAAGGAAAACCUUUUCACUUUCGAGGUUGUGGCUGGAAAAAGAACAUAUGUCCUAUGCUAAAUGAUGAUAUUAGAUGGUUACACCUAAUGAAAGAUCUUUCAGCUAGCAUUAUGGGGGAUGAUUAUCUUCAAUAUUAUUUUGAUAAAAAUAGUGGUGUUAAAAUUGUUGAAGAUAUGAUACCACACGCCAUUUACAACCAUGAAGAAUGGGAAGCAGAAUAUGGUCUCAAAAUGAAAAAACAUCACUGCAUGACAAUUGGCAAUGAAAGUAAAGAACCUCCAGUCAAAAAAAGGAAAUCAAAGAAAUGUUUAUUCAGCAGUGACAACGAUGGCACACAAGAUACCAAGACAGACACCAGCCCUAAAGUGAUUCCAUCAAAACCUAAUGGUUUCCAACUUGAUUCUCCAGUUAACUCCUUAUCAUCCAAUAGAAACCUGAAGCUAUGUCAGUCCAAUAUGAUGGCAACCCGGUGUCAGCUAGCUAAUAUUAUUUUACCCCCUUCAAAACGUAUUGGUAACAAUGACAUUGAAAUCAUACUUUGUCCUGCUACUGUUCCAUAUUCUGAUCCAUAUUCUAUAACAUGUAUUCCAUCCAAGACAUCACUUGAAUACAGUGAGAAGUUAAUAGCAGAUCUCCACAAAUCAAACACAGCCAAUAUCCAAGGAAUAUCAUUUAGAACCAUUGGCACUUUUCAUCCUGACCAUCUUUCAGUCUUUCACAAGUUUCACCAAGUGCAAGAGAUUUCAAAUGAUGUGUCAUUUGAAGUGCAGUGGCUAAAUAUUGAUGAUGGGCUAGAUAAAGAAGACAUCAUCAAGUUAUCUUCAGCACUAUGGGAUAAUAAGCCUUCAAAAGUCAUCAUAGCAAUUACUCUGGCAUAUACUCUGGCAAUUGACACGACUUCAUUUGCAAGUCUUGUCGGAGAGAGAUACCUGGACAACAUGACAAUUGAUGUUUGUCUCAAUAAGUACAUGUGGGAAUUGAAAGGCCAGAACUCAGCACUAGCUACACUAGUAGUUCCAACUCUAGUAUGGACAUGGGAAUCUGCUAAUAACCAUCAACAUCUCAAAACUCAGAUUGAAUCUUGCAUCACUCAUUGUCAAAUUUCCACAACACACAAUCUUCAGAUAAUCAUACCUGUAUACAUGGCAUCAUUAAAACACUGGGGGAUAGUCUAUGUGGAUUUUAGUCAAAGGCAAAUGCACUUUGAUGAUGGCUUGAGAAAGAAUAUUCCCAGAGGUUUACAAAGGUCAUUACAACACAUACUAGAUGCUUUCCACGAGGUGAUUCCUGGAACAAAUGCAAAAUGGUGGAAUAACUCAGCUACAUUCAAUCGACUAGGAAUGCCCAGACAGGAUUCAAGGGAUGCACUUCAAAACAACCAGGGAUCUGGAAGUUGUGGCAUAGGUGUAAUUUUAGCUGGAAGAGACCUAAUGGCAAAGGGUAACAGUGCUAUUCACAAUUUCACAUGGAAUUUUGGCCAGAGUAGACUUCUAAGAAAAAACCUUAUGCUCAAAAUUUUACAAUGGUCAUGAAAGUCAUCUUAUUACUGAACUGAUUGCAUAAUAUUAUGUACUGACAAAUGUAUUUUUGAUCAUAAAAUAUUUCAGUCUAUUCCCAUCCUAAUAAGAUUCAAAAUUUGAAAAUAUGUAUUGCUGUGCUGUCAAUAAUUCCAUCUGUUCUUAAGGUGGCACGCCCGAGAGCAGUUUAACAGAAGUUACUAGGUGGCACGCCCAUAAAUCUGUUAAUGGAAUUUAUUGAGAGCUGGU